AUGCCGCCGCCGCCGCCGCGCGCGUCUCGUCGUCAUCGUGAUGGGUUCGGCGUCGACGACGCGCGCGGCGGGCGGCGCGCGAGCGACGAAAAUCCGACGCCGAUCGGCGCGGAGUCGACGCUCAUGCCGCCGCCGCCGCCGCCGCCGCGGUCGCACUGCGACCCCGUGGGAUGGCGCGAGUGCUUCGACGAGUGCCACGACGUCCGAGUGCGCGGCACGAACGACGUCUUCCGCGUGUACGUCUCGCGUCCGACGACGCGCGACGAGGGGGAUUCAUCAGAUUCGACGUUACCAAACGACGACGACGACGACGACGACGCGACCGUCCCCGUGCUCUUCUGCCUGCACGGGUGCCCGUACACCGCGUUGUCGUUCGCGCGGUUCGCGCAGGAGAUGAAACGUCGGACGUCGAAGAGGGCGAGGUGCGUCGUCGUCGCGAUGGACCUUCGAGGGCACGGCGCGACGAAGACCGAGGACGAGCGCUGCGAGAACGACGCCGACGCCGACGGCGCCCCGGGCGCCGCCGGCGUCGACUUCUCCGCCGAGCGUCUCGUCGCGGACGUCGUCGCGGUGACGACGCAGCUGUACGGCGGCACCGGGAGAAAGGUCGUGCUCCUCGGGCACAGCAUGGGCGGCGCGAUCGCGACGCGCGCGGCGGCGGCGAUGAUGACGAAGGCGAGAGAAGACGACGCCGCGAGAGAAGACGCCGCGAACCCGCGCGCGCGCGUCGUCCGCGUCGCCGGCCUCGUCGUCGUCGACGUCGUGGAGGGCACCGCGGUCGAGUCGUUCAAUCGCGCGGAGGUCGCGAUGGCGGCGCGCCCGCGUCGGUUCGCGUGCGCGCGGACGGCGAUCGAGUGGGCGGUCCGAGCGGGCGGGGUCACGAAGAACGUUCACAGCGCGGCGGCGUCGUUCCCGUCGCAGGUGCCCUCCGACGAAGCCUCGGGAUCUCAUCUGCGGUGGCGCACGGACGUCGCGAAGACGCGGCCGCACUGGGACGGGUGGUACGCCGGCCUCUCCAAGCUCUUCGUGGAGGUGAAGACGCCGAAACUCCUGCUGCUCGCGGGCACCGACCGACUCGACGUGGACUUGACCGUGGCGCAGAUGCAGGGGAAGUUUCAGAUGGUCGUGUUCCCAAACGCGUCGCACGCGACGCACGAGGACGAGCCGGGGGCGACGAGCGUCGGCGUCGCGGGCUUCAUCGAGCGAUACGUUUGUCGCGGAUAG